CCCACGGGCGCGAGCCUUGGGGGCGGUCGUGGGCGUGUCCCCGGCGGCAGCGCCCGCGGCCCGGGGCGGAGCCUAGCUGGAGGGGCGGGGCUUGCUUUCAGCGCAGGGCUGCGGGGAAGGCGGGCGGGUUGGGUCUCCGGGCAGGUGGCUCCUCUUCCGCCUCUCCUGAGCCCCUGGCACAGCGCCGGCUGCGGAGGGAGCGUCUUUGUGCCCGGUCCCGGAGCCCGCGACGGCCCCUGCGCGCCCGGGUCCAUUGUUUCGCUUCUCGGUCUCUUCCGGGCAGGUGCCCGCAGAGCGCCGGGCCCGCACGUGCCAAAGCGGCGGCCGCAGCAGCGCAGGGACCCGUGGGCGCCAGCAGGGGCGUCCCGGGGCGCGCGGCGGGAGAUGAAGUACCUGAAGCCGUGGUGGUCGGACGGCGGCGGCCUCCUGCACCUCACCAUCCUGCUGAGCUUGGCGGAGCUCCACCUGGACCUUGACCUGGACCUCUACCUGCUGCUCCCGCCGCCCACCCGGCUCUGGGAUGAGCUGCUGCUAGCCAGCGGUCCGACGAGCUCCGCCUAUGCACUCAGCCCCUUCCCGGCCUCGGGAGUGUGGGGGCGCGCGGACCAGUUGCACCCCAAAGGCCGCGAGCUGGACCCCGCGGCGGAGUCCGCAGGCCGGCUGCUCCGGGAGGUGCGCGCGCUGGGGGUCCCCUUCAUCCCCCGCACCCGAGUGGAUGCGUGGCUGGUGCACAGCGUGGCGGCCGGGGACGCCGACGGAGCCCACGGACUGCUCGGCGCCGCCGCCGCCGCCUCCGCCGGGGGAGUCGGCGCCAGCGUGGACGACAGUAGCCAGGCUGCGCCGGGGGAUGGCGGGGACCCCCGAGCGGCUGCGAGUAGCCCCUUGGACGCUGGGGAAGAGGAGAAGGCACCCGCAGAACCGACGGCUCAAGUGCUGGACGCCGCAGCGCGCCAGGAGAAUGAGGUACUAGGAGAGAGACAUCAAGAAGUGGGUCACAGCUCCCAGAACGAGGAAAAUGAGCAAAGAGUAUCAGCCCAAGAGCAAAAACUACAGCAUAAGAACGAGGAUGCACGCGAAGCAGCAGAUAAACCUGACCGGGAGGCAGAAAAGACCACUGAAUCUAGAAAUGAGAGAUCUCUAAAUGGGACAGACACUGCUUUCUCUCUGGAAGACUUGUUUCAGUUGCUUUCAUCACAGCCUGAAAAUUCACUGGAGGGCCUCUUACUUGGAGAUACUCCUCCAGUAAGUAUCAACGAUGGCAUGAAUUCAACAUAUAACGUGAAUUUUAGCCAGGCUAUAAGUCACGAUGUGAAUCUACAUGAGGCCAUGUUGCUGUGUCCUGACAAUACGUUUAGAAGAGAUCCAGUAGCAAGGACUUCACAACCACCACAAGAACCAUUUCUGCACUUAAAUUCUCAUACCAAUUCUGAGCAGACCCUUCCUGGGACUAAUUGGACAGGAUUUCUUCCCCUUGUUGGCAAUCAGAUUCAUCUAACAAGUGAGGAUCUUCUACAUGACCUUGAUAUAAAUAUAUUUGAUGAAAUAAGUUUAAUGUCUUUGGCCACAGAAGAAGGUUUUGAUCCAAUGGAAGUUCCUCAGCUUUUUCAAGAACCAGAUUCCGAUUCUGGGCUUUCCUUAAAUUCAAGCCACAAUAGUACCUCUGUCACCAAAUCUAAUUCUUCCCAUUCUAUGUGUGGAGGUGCUACAGGUUCUAGUAGUGACCUUGAAUCUCUCUCCCACCAUGACUUGGAAGGGGCUGUGGGAGGCUACUACCCAGAACCCAAUAAGCUUUGUCACGUGGAUCAUAGGAGUGAUUCUGGUUUUCAUGGGGAUCUUGCAUUUCAACACCUAUUUCAUAACCACACUUACCACUUACAGCCAAGUGGUAUAGAAUCCACUUCUAAUUCUUUUUCACGGUAUGGGAAGUCACAGAAAAUACGGGGUAGAUGCCUCAAUGACACAGACAGAAACUUAAGCCGUGAUGAGCGGCGUGCUAAGGCAUUGCAUAUCCCUUUUUCUGUAGAUGAAAUUGUCGGUAUGCCCGUUGAGUCUUUCAACAACAUGCUCAGCAGGCACUAUUUGACAGAUUUACAAAUGUCACUCAUCCGUGAUAUUAGAAGAAGAGGGAAAAAUAAAGUUGCUGCUCAGAACUGUCGUAAGCGCAAACUGGACAUAAUUCUGAAUCUUGAAGAUGACGUAUGUAACUUGCAAGCAAAGAAGGAAAUCCUUAAGAGAGAACGAGCCCAGUAUAACAAAGCUAUUAACAUACUGAAACAGAAACUGCAUAACCUGUAUCGUGAUAUUUUUAGUAGGCUAAGAGAUGAUGAAGGUAGGCCAGUCAAUCCGAACCAAUACACUCUUCAGUGCAGCCAAGAUGGAAGUGUUUUGAUUGUACCCAAGGAACUGAUGACCCCGGGCCACAGAAAAGAAAACCAAAAGGGAAAAACAAAGUGAAGAAAUUGAAGGCGGAUCCAUCAAUAUACCUUAUGCAUGAGGUAUCAGAAACUGAUACAUGGUCACAAAUCAUUGAAACUGCUUCAAAGUUUAGCACAAGUGUUCUAAAUAUCUUAAGUACUGCUACUUGACAGGGCUACAUUUUGAAGCUUUUAUGGAGAAGUUUGGGAGAAGCCACAACUUUUUUCACGAAGUCCUACUGCAUUAUAUGUAUGAUUCUUAAGUACUAUUUAUGAAGAACAGGGUGACAUGAAAAACUGGAUUAAGACAGUCCAGUCUUUGAGCUAAUACUGGAUGUGGAUGUAAUUAGUUUUAAACGUAUUUUGGUUUUUAUAAAGGACUUGAAAUGCAAAGUAGCCUUAAUGUUUUUAUUUAGGUAGCACGGACCUACAGUUCUACAAAAGCUAUUUUAACUGGACUUUUAUGAAUGCAACCUAUUGUGGAAAUAAAUCUUACAGUUGAAUUUAUAAAAUAACUUUCCCCUUUUAUACAGAAGUUCUAAGCAAAUUAUCCACAUUUAGGAAUACGGGUGACAGAUCU